UCUAUCCCAGUGUUUGACUUGAAAUAUUUUAAAUCUUUAUUUUUUUUUUCAUUAAACAGUAUUAAUACAUUUUCAGUUUGUGUGUGUUUGUGUUAAAGAACCUAAACCCCAAAAUGCAACCGACUUGGCGUCUCCCGCAUGUGGCCCUGGCGCUUGUGGCAGUGGCAGUAACCUUCGGCAGCCUGCCCUAUGGGGCCUUAGGUAAAAAGAUCGAGAAGCGGUGUCUGAACUGCUCAUACCGUACAUAUUACACCUACGGCGACGGGAGGUCCCUGCAGCGGGUGGUCUAUAGCGACCCGGUCUACACACGCGCCGCCCAGUCGUACGGAUGCAGCGGGAAUCCUUGCGGUGUAAACGCUGUCUGCCAGGAGGCAGCCGGCGGACGACCGGUCUGCUCCUGCCCUCCGGGAUUCAGUGGCAAUCCGCUCACCCAUUGCAACCGGGGCGAGUGCCUGGACAACGUGGACUGCCGCGGCGAUCUGCAGUGCAAGGACAAUCGCUGUGUGAAUCCUUGUGUGGGUGCCUGCGGAAUAGGCUCCAACUGUGAUGCCAGGAAUCACGUGGCCGUGUGCAGUUGCCCUGCCGGUUACAACGGCGACCCCUAUCACGCCUGCCACCUAAACGAUCCAGAGGAACAAUGCCACCCUAGUCCUUGCGGAGUCAACACCAAGUGCGAGAUCAUCAAUGGAGUGCCCACCUGUUCCUGCCUCCAUGGCUACCUUGGCAACCCCCUGAGCGGAUGCCGGCACGAGUGCGAGAGCGACGGAGACUGCAGCAGCCGGGACAUGUGCAGCAACUUCAAGUGCGUGCCGUCGUGCGGGCAGUGCGGCACUGGCGCCACUUGCCGGACGGUGGCCAACCACCGGGCGGUCUGCGAGUGCCCCAAGGGCUACAUCGGCAGCCCGUACACGGAGUGCCGCCCAGAGUGCUAUGGGGACUCCGACUGCCCGGCCGGGCGACCAGCGUGCUUCUACGGCAUCUGCAAGAACACCUGCGACGGAGCCUGCGGCAUCGGGGCCGACUGCAACCUGCGGGGCCUCACGCCCGUCUGCAGCUGCCCGCGCGACAUGACUGGUGACCCGUUCGUCCGCUGCCGCCCCUUUACCAAGGAGGACCUCUGCAACCCCAACCCGUGCGGCACCAACGCCAUCUGCGUUCCCGGACACGACAACACCGGACGGGAGCGACCCGUCUGCAACUGCCUGCCCGGACACACCGGCAAUCCCCUCAGCCACUGCUCCAGGGGAGAGUGUCUGAGCAACAACGAGUGUCCCGAUCACCGGGCCUGCAUCAACUACCAGUGCAUCGAUCCUUGCAUCGGAAAGUGCGCCACGGGGGCCAGUUGUGAGCCGAAGGCCCAUCUGGCGGUCUGCCGCUGUCCGCCCGGACAGUCCGGCGAUGCCCUCGUCUCCUGCCGCCAGACCCGCACCUUCCCAGUGGCCAAGUACCACUAGAACCCUGAGAGCUGGAGCUACAGGAGCUGGGUGAGCAGAGGAAAAAGCACAACCUGCCAUUACAAACACCAUCCUUUGCCCUCCGCCUUCAAAACCACAGCUCUGCUCCCAAGAAACCCAGGUGUUUUUCUCUUGCUCACACUAGUCGUUAAAUUAACCUCAAUAUUCUACUCAUUUGAAGCAAACGAAAAAGAAAAAAUGACGCAAUAAAAAAUUAAAACAAAUAAAUAAUAAUA